AUGGCUCUGGUCACGCUUAUUGGACAGAUCUGCCUAGCUGCCCUGCUGGUGGCCUCCGCCUAUGCCAGCAAAUCGGCCACCGAAGAGAAGGUCCCCCUGGAGAAGAAACUGGACAAGCGUGGUCUGCUUGAUCUGGGCUAUGGCUACGGCCAUGCUGGUCUUGAUGUUGGCUAUUUGGGACAUGGUUCUGUGGCCGGUCAUGGUUAUGGACUGACUGGACAUUCUGCUCCCGCUGCCAUUGCUGUGGGCCACAGCGGUCCAGGUAUUGCCUAUGGACACUCUGCCCCAGCUGUUGCUGUCCAUGCCCAUGCUGCUCCUGCUCCAUACAUCAUUAGCAAGCAAGCUGAUGUGCACAAGACCAUCACCAUCACCAAGGGAAUCCCUGUGCCCGUCCACGUAGAUCGCCCCUACCCAGUCGUCCACGAGAAACGCGUUCCUGUGGAAGUCAAGGUGCCCGUGCCACAGCCCUACGAAGUCAUCCGCAAGGUCCCCGUAGCUGUUAAGGAAUACGUCAAGGUUCCUGUCCAUGUUCCACAGCCCUACGAGGUUAUCCGUCACGAAAAGGUCCCCAUCCACGUGCCCGUAGAUCGUCCAUACCCCGUUGAGGUGCCCAAGCCUUACCCAGUUGCUGUCGAGAAGCCCUAUCCCGUCUAUGUUGAGAAGGUACAAAAAGUGGCCGUCCCCGUCCAGGUAGACCGCCCCUACCCAGUUUACGUCAAGGUCCCAGUGGUGUCCCACUCCGUGGUGAAGCAUGCUCCAGCUGUCGCUGUCGCAAGCUACCCAGCCGUCCACAGCAGCAUUCCCAUCAGCAGUUACGGACAUGAUGCCACCGUCUAUGCCGAUCAUGGUGGCUACCACAAAUAAAUGAAUUCAUCAGCGGCGAAGGAGGAAUCGUAAUUCCAUUAUUUUGGAGCGAAGGAAAUUUUAGCCACAUUUUUCCCCCUCUCCCAUUCCACCUUCCUACCCCUGUUGUCUUUUUUGUCUUGGCAAGUCCAAGACUUACCAAACCCUGCCACUCUCUCGAUAGCUCUUAAGAAAAAAACAAACAAACCCAAUUCAACCCAAGACGAGGAAACAAAAAUCAAGCACAAGUCUUUUGUAAAUUAUUUCCAAACCAAAAUUAAGAAGAUGAAAACCCCAUCCAAUGGAGCAUUGUGAUGUGAUGAAAUUCAAAUUUAGGAUAAAUUCUCAGUUAAGUGUUUGUAAAUUCAUAUAUUUAUGAACAUUCUUUAGCUGUGCGUUAGUUUAUCAGUGAAAGGUUUCAAAAGCACAAUGAACAACAAAACUAAAAUAAAGAAAUACAAAAUAAAAAUGUUUAAAAAUAA